UCUUGGUGCUCGGCAAUCUUCUCAACACCAUCGCCAUCCGCCGGUGCUGGACCGCCCACCGUUCACCUGCCCGGCGCAGCCACAACUCCCAACGUAGUCCUGUCGCCGCGAUACCUUGGCUAAUUCCACGCGCUUGGCGCUCUCUCAGACAACUUAAGGGCCCAAUUCCAUCGCCACGGCCGUCACAAAAGCUUUCCCGAGAACUCACGAUCCAACAUGCCCGCACCCACCAACGGCUCGCUCGGCGAGUCGACUCCGCUGCUCGGCUCGCGCCGCGAGAACGAGCCCAAGUGGAAGUCGUACUCCAAGAGCGUGGGCAAGAUGGUCUGGGGCACCCUCUGCAGCAACUAUGUCAACGUGCUGCUCGUCUUCGUCCCGCUCGGCAUCAUCGCCGGCAAGCUGCAGUGGUCCCCCACUGCCGUCUUCAUCCUCAACUUCAUCGCCAUCAUGCCCCUGGCCGCCCUGCUGAGCUUCGCGACCGAGGAGCUGUCGGCGAAGCUGGGACAGACACUGGGUGGCCUGUGCAAUGCGACAUUCGGAAACGCCGUCGAACUUAUUGUGUCCAUCGUUGCGCUCCGGGCGGAUCAGAUUCGUGUUGUCCAGGCUAGUAUGCUGGGCAGUAUCCUAUCCAACAUGCUUCUUGUCCUCGGUUGCUGCUUCCUCGCAGGUGGAAUCCGCGCGAAUGAGCGUGAAUUCAACGCGACUGUGGCCUCAACCAUGUCUUCUUUGAUGGCUGUUGGUUCAGCGGCGCUGAUAAUUCCGGCGACCCUCUACUCAGCCAUCUCUGAGCAGAGCGAGCACAAGAUCCCGGAAGAUGACCCGAACAUCCAGCUGUUGUCUCGCGGCACCUCCAUCAUCCUCCUCCUCCUCUACAUUCUUUACAUCAUCUUCCAGCUCUUCACCCAUCACGAGAUGUUCGCAGACGCCGAGGCGCAAGAAGGCGCCGAUGAGGAUGGUCCCAAGGAUGGCGACACCCUCGGUCCCAUUGCUGCCAUGGUCGCACUUAUCCUGGUGACCGUCGUGAUUGCCUUCUGCGCCGACUACCUGGUCGACAGCAUCGACGCCAUCGUGGAGACGGCCCACAUCAAUAAGACGUUCAUCGGUCUGAUACUGAUCCCUAUUGUCGGAAACGCCGCCGAACAUGUGACCGCCGUGGUGGUUGCGCUCAAGGGUAAGAUGGACCUUGCUGUCAACGUAGCCAUUGGCAGCAGUCUGCAGAUUACGCUUUUCGUGACCCCCUUCCUCGUCAUCCUCGGUUGGAUCAUGGGCCGCAACAUGACGCUGCACUUUGAGACCUUCGAGACGGUCAUCUUCUUCCUCUCGGUCUUGGUCGUCAACUACCUUAUCCAGGACGGAAAGUCAAACUACCUUGAGGGCUGCAUGUGCCUUGGGAUGUACACCAUCAUCGCCCUAGCUUUUUACGUCAAGCCCGAAGACGCGUCCGGCAAUCUCGGCAGCUUCUUUGCGAAGCUCUUCUAAGUCUCGGAUACGCGGAAUGGAUGCUGCGGCAGCGGCCCCACACCGCUGCAGCCCCCAACGCACUGGCACCAAAAUCCGCGGCCACACCUUCGCCGCAAGUGUG